AUGCACACACACCACACGCCAUUCUUGCCGCACAAAUACACACACACCACACGCCAUUCUUCCCGCACAAAUACACACACACACACACACGCACACCACCUCCCACAGCAGCGGCCCUUCCCGUCAGCAGCCAUCCCCCCAUUCUGCUGUCGCCGACGACACCUCGACAGUGCGCCUCUGCACGCUCCGUUCUUCCUGCCGCUGUGCACUUACGUCAUCCCUUCUGCCGCCUUUGACAGCACCGUGAAGCCGCACCUGGCCGUUCACUUCGCUAGUCUCACCGGCAGCCCCGCCAGAACAAGCCAUGGAAUUUUCAAGGAGAAGCUCCCAUUUCAACGGCGUCUAGGGAGGCACUGCGUCAGGCGCGACCACCGGCCGGGAGAAGGCUGUGCCGCCGCCAUUUGUGGAGGCCGCCGAGUGGCUGUGAUAAGUGUUGUGCGGCUGAGGGAGGAUGAGGGAGAGUUGGUAUUGCAGCAAGGUUUGAAGGUAGAAAUCAGAAAUGGCAGGUCAACCAAACUCAAAGACUGGAACUGGGUAGUGAAUGGUCCAACUAAAAUCAAACAGGGAGCUGUGGGAACAGAUGUCUGGGUGGCUGAUCUAAUGGCAAAUGGUGGGAGGAAUUGGGAUGAGAGGUUGGUGAGGGGGUUUUUUCAGUUUUUGUUUUGUGUGGUGAUGUUGUAUCUAUUGGAUUUCAGCUCGUGUGGCUGCCUUCAGUGCAUUUGA